AUGAACACUGAGCAGAGUGUGCCGUCGUCCCACCCACUGCCGCCCGGUGCUGCCGCUGUCGCGUCCGCGACACAGCUGCAUUCCAACCGCGCAAGCCCGUUUCUCCCCACCAACAACGGUGCGGACAAGGGAGGCAUGGCCGCAACUGGCUUCAUGCCCGCGUCUCAGGCCUUCCGGCCGACUCCGCCCGCGCAGUCGCCCUACCCGCUGAACAUGUCGGCCGCCUACCUGUUCGAGCGCGAGCCGCUUAGGCCCAUCGGCGCCCCCUUUUCGAAGUCGCCGUCGCCCAUGGUCCGCGUUCUCAUCCGCCGUCUCCCCCUCAAUACAUCGGAAGAAUCUCUGCGGCUCAUGGUUGUAUGGUCCAAGGAGAUCGCCAGCGUCGAGCUGCUGCCUGUGGAGAAGUCCGAAGACGAAGGAUUCCGAUCUGCCCUGCUCGGCUUCCGAAGCAUGGAGGGCGCAAAGGAGGCCAGGGACAUGCUCGACGGCCGAUCAAACAUCUCCAACGACGCCAAAAUGAUUGUUGAGAUCCUUGCGUCGAGCCCCAUCGCGGCCCGCCGCCACGUCACUGAGGCACCGUCUUCGACCUCGACGUCUUCCACGGCAUCCUCCGGUCCGGGCUCGCGGCAGCCCUCACGUUUCAACGGCAUGUUCCCGCCCGUCGACAAGCUGUCGCCGACAUCCAUCGGCCCAUUCCCGUCCCAGCACGAGUUUCUCAACCCGGAUCCGGGCCCCAACUACCAGAGCAUCUUCUCGGCCCAGUCUCCCAUUGGAAACCAUCUGUCGGAUCGCACUCGGAUUUCGGGCAAGUCUCUCAUCAACAACGACUUUGGCGAUGACGAGGAGACUAGCGACCUGCUCAAGGACCCUGUGGCCUACGCAGAGAACGGUUCCAACUCCCAGCGGAGGGCAACCGCGCCACAGAUUCCCAUCGGCCGCAUGGCAAGUCUGUCACUCAACACCGGUGGCGGUGGCAAUGCUCCCGGCCCGUCGUCUCUGCCUCAGUAUAUGAGCCCGAUAUCGCCAAUCAACGGCGGCCCGGGUCCUGCCCUUGGAUACCCCGCUGGUGGCCACAGCUAUCAACCCAGGCACAACUUUCCGCCGGUCAACCCGGCCGAUCAGAACCCGCCCUGCAACACGCUUUACGUUGGAAACCUGCCCAUCGACACUUCCGAGGAGGAACUCAAGGCCAUGUUUUCCAAGCAGCGUGGGUACAAGAGGCUCUGUUUCCGCACGAAGCAGAACGGCCCGAUGUGCUUUGUUGAAUUCGAAGACAUUUCGUUUGCGACCAAGGCUCUUCAUGAGCUGUACGGGCAUCCGCUGCACAAUAGCGUCAAGGGAGGCAUCCGCCUCAGCUUCUCCAAGAACCCCCUGGGAGUCCGAUCGGGCCAAACCCCUGGCCAAAGUUCGUCCAAUUCCAUGAGCGGCAUGAACGGAAUGGUCAACGCCAACAACAACGGGUUCACCACGGCCCACGGCCCACCCCCGGGCCUCUCUGCGCCGCCAGGCCUCGGUUCAGGCGGGCGCGGCAACUUCAACGUGGCUGCCUCCAUGAAUACGGGUGGGAACCAUCACCAUCACAUGCCUGCCAGCUUCCAGGCCACGCCCAAUCAUCCCUGGAAUACACCAAUCUACAACAAUGGCGUGGCGACUGGACCCAACGGCCCAGGCCAGACAAACUCGAAUUAUCUUCCUCGGCACAUGAUGGGCAGAUAG